AGCGAAUGCUAAAGAAUAUUAUACAAUGUUUAGGGAUCGAUACCCAACCACCUUAAUUUUAUUUGGUACAUCCUUAAAUGCGAAGAUAUUUGAGCAAUUGUUUUUACGUAAAUUAGAAUCUGUAGAAGUGAGGGACUGUGCGGAUGUUUCCACUCUGUUUCCAGCAAGAUGGCAUCGUCAAGUUCCCUCAGCUAAGAAAAUUGUCUCUUCGGCUCCGAUCAAAUUACAGCUUUUUAGGUCCAAGGAAUUUUGAUGCUCAAUUGCCUUUGCGAAAAUUAACCAUUGAAGGCCACGAAGAAGUGGGUAAUUGGUUGGCACAGCUACAACAAAACGGCUUCUUACAAAGAUUAGAAUCUGUACGGUUGUCGAAUUGUGGGGAUGUUCGCGCUCCGUUUCCAGCAAAAUUGCUGCGAGCUUUGAACAAUCUAAGGAAGGUGAAAAUUAACGACUGCAAAUCAUUGGAAGAGGUAUUUGAAUUGGGUGAGGCCGAUGAAGGAUGCAGGGAGGAGAUGCCGCUGCAGUCAUCUUUAACAAAGAUAGAGCUGCGCCGGUUACCUGAGCUGAAAUGCAUAUGGAAGGGGCCCACCAGACAUGUCAGCCUCCAAAAUCUUGCUCGUCUGGAUUUGGAUUCUCUCGACAAACUGACAUUUAUCUUCACACCGUCCCUCGCUCGAAGUCUGCCAAAGCUGGAAACCCUUGACAUAAGCGAUUGCGGUGAGUUGAAGCAUAUUAUCAGAGAAGAGGAUGGUGAAAGGGAAAUAAUUACAGAGUCUCCUUGCUUCCCACAAUUAGAAAAUAUCACCAUAGAAAAGUGUGGUAAACUGGAAUAUGUCUUCCCUGUAUCUGUGUCUCCAAGCCUUCUUAACCUGGAAGAGAUGCGGAUUCUUAAAGCUCAUAAUUUAAAGCAUAUAUUUUACAGUGUAGAAGGAGAUGCACUCACCACAGAUGGCAUCAUCAAGUUCCCUCGACUAAGUGAAUUGGAUCUUUCUUCCAGAUCAAAUUACAGCUUUUUUGGUCCCAAGAAUCUUGCUGCACAAUUGCCUUCUUUGCAAAUUCUAAAAGUCAAUGGCCACAAAGAAGUGGGAAGUUUGAGUGCACAGCUCCAAGGGUUGACAAAUUUGGAAACAUUAUGCUUGCAGUCUCUGCCUGACACGAGGUGUAUAUGGAAGGGUACUUUGGAGCAGAUGGCCGCCCAUGGGCAGCAAAACGGCUCCUUGCAAAGAUUAAAAUUUGUACUCGUGGAGGAUUGUGGGGAUAUUCGCGCUCCGUUUCCAGCAAAAUUGCUGCCAGAUCUGAACAAUCUAAGGAUGGUGGAAAUUAAGGACUGCAAAUCAUUGGAAGAGGUAUUUGAAUUAGGUGACCUGCCUGGUGAAGGAAGCAGUGAGGAGAAGGAGCUGCUGUCAUCUUUAACAACGUUAGGGCUGCGCCGGUUACCUGAGCUGAAAUGCAUAUGGAAGGGGCCCACCAGACAUGUCAGCCUCCAAAAUCUUGCUCGUCUGGAUUUGGAUUCUCUCGACAAACUGACAUUUAUCUUCACACCGUCCCUCGCUCGAAGUCUGCCAAAGCUGGAAACCCUUGACAUAAGCGAUUGCGGUGAGUUGAAGCAUAUUAUCAGAGAAGAGGAUGGUGAAAGGGAAAUAAUUACAGAGUCUCCUUGCUUCCCACAAUUAGAAAAUAUCACCAUAGAAAAGUGUGGUAAACUGGAAUAUGUCUUCCCUGUAUCUGUGUCUCCAAGCCUUCUUAACCUGGAAGAGAUGCGGAUUCUUAAAGCUCAUAAUUUAAAGCAUAUAUUUUACAGUGUAGAAGGAGAUGCACUCACCACAGAUGGCAUCAUCAAGUUCCCUCGACUAAGUGAAUUGGAUCUUUCUUCCAGAUCAAAUUACAGCUUUUUUGGUCCCAAGAAUCUUGCUGCACAAUUGCCUUCUUUGCAAAUUCUAAAAGUCAAUGGCCACAAAGAAUUGGGAAAUUUGCGUGCACAGCUCCAAGAAUUAUAUCUAACAAAUUUGAAAACAUUACGCUUGCAACAUGUGCCUGAGACGAGGUGUAUAUGGAAGGGUACUUUGGAGAUGGCCGUCCAUGGGCAGCAAAACGGCUGCUUACAAAGAUUAAAAUCUGUACAAGUGGACGGUUGUGGGGAUGUUCGCGCUCCGUUUCCAGCAAAAUUGCUGCGAGCUCUGAACAAUCUAAGCACUGUGGGAAUUACCAGCUGCAAAUCAUUGGAAGAGGUAUUUGAAUUGGAUGGGGAUGAUGAAGGAAGCAGUGAGGAGAAGGAGCUGCUGUCAUCUUUAACAGAGUUACAGCUGUCAUGGUUACCUGAGCUCAAAGGCAUAUGGAAGGGGCCCACCAGACAUGUCAGCCUCCAAAAUCUUGUUCAUCUGGAUGUUUGGUGUCUCAACAAACUGACAUUUAUCUUCACACCGUCCCUCGCUCACAGUCUGCCAAAGCUAGAAAGACUUUCCAUAAUUGAAUGCGGUGAAUUGAAGCAUAUUAUCAGAGAGGAGGAUGGUGAAAGGGAAAUAAUUCCAGAGUCUCCUUGCUUCCCAGAAUUAAAAACUAUCUUAGUAGAAGAGUGUGGUAAACUGGAAUUUGUCUUCCCUGUCUCCGUGUCUCUAACUCUUCAAAGUCUGCCAAAGCUAGAAAUACUUCGCAUAAGUGAAUGCGGUGAAUUGAAGCAUAUUAUCAGAGAAGAGGAUGGUGAAAGGGAAAUAAUUCCAGAGUCUCCUGGGCAGGAUGAUCAAGCUUCACCUAUCAACGUUGAGAAGCAGAUAGAGCUUCCUAAUCUAAAGGAGUUGUCGCUAGAGCAAUUAUCAAGUAUUGUCUGUUUUAGUUUCGGAUGGUGUGAUUAUUUCUUAUUCCCUCGUUUGGAGAAACUGAAGGUCCGUCAAUGUCCAAAGCUGACCACAAAAUUUGCUACUACACCAGAUGGUUCAAUGAGUGCUGAAUCAGAGGUAUCUGAAGUGGCUGAAGAUUCAAGCAUUAAUAGAGAGUGGACCAGAAAUGAAGGGUGGAAAGAAGAAGAAGAAGAAGCUUGCAGAGGUUAUUGUUUAGGGGAGAAGUGA